GCAUAGCGGGAGAGUAUGGCAGUAAGGACCAGGGACUUAUCAAAAUACUACGAAAAGGAAAACACGGAGGAAGAAAUGUUCAAAGUCUGUGGAAACAUUUCGACGAGUUUCCAGAUUAGAUGAAGGAUUCCGAGGGGAAAGUAAUUAGCUUGCUGUCUUCUGUUCUGAGCUACAUACUUUGGACGUUUACUUUUCCUGGGAAGACUGCAGUUAUCAACCACCUAAACUAACCACGCGGUUUGUACGCUCCUGAUUUACUACAAGCGUGUUCUGGAAUCGACCAUUUCUGGGUGAAAUCUUGUGCCGAGACUUUUACCUUUUGAUCGUUUGGAAGAGUAGUUUGGAAGAGUUUGCAAUCUGCGCUCCUACAUGCAUGAACUGGCUUUUUGGUCCAUUCUAACGCUGUGUUUUUAUUUACAAGAAGGCCUACAUGAAUGUCCAGACACAAUCGCAGGAACAGUGCGCAUUGGUUAACCAGACGUGUACCAAGAAUGAAAUUUUGUUAUAGCGCUCUGGCGCUUUUCUUUUCGUUCGUGGUGUUGGAUGCGCAGUUAGUUUGCUGGCAAGCGCUGCUCCGGUGUCACGACGAGCCGGAGUGUGAUCUCGCCUACAGCCAGUACCUGUCCGCUUGUGAGGGGAACAUCCGCGGGAACAGGCGUCAGUGUCCGAGCCACUGCAUCAGCGCCUUGGUGAGGCUGAACCAGACCGUCAGCGGGCCUGGCUUGGAGACGUGCGACUGUGGACAGGAUGCGCUGUGCCGGAAGUCGAAACAGGCCAUCGAGCCAUGCCUGCCCCGGACACAACCGGGUGGCAUCGGAUGCACUGCGGCGCGUCAACGUUGCGAGGAGGAUGCCAACUGCCAAUCCUCCCUGACGGCCUACUUGACUUACUGUGGUCAGCUGUUUAACGGUCGGAAAUGCUCGUCCAGAUGCAAAAGCACCAUUCAGCAAAUGCUCUUUAUUCCUAACGGCAUGCUGCUCAACCAGUGCGUGUGCGACGGCGUGGAGAGGCCGUUUUGCGAGGUGGUCAAGGAAAACAUGAGCAAACUCUGCAACAUCGGGGACGGCGGUGUGGCGUCAGACCAUGAGGGGGUUGACGAGUAUGAGGGCGAGGACUACGAGUUUAAAACGGAACGCGAGAUGCUGGACCCUGACACGGUGGUUUCGUAUUCAGGCUCGCCCCGGUUGCCCUGCCACAUGGUGUUGUUGUUGAUGGUUCUCACACUAACCCUGUAGGGAGUCGACUUGGCCCUCUGGCUAAGUGCCAUGGGUCACCUCUGGAAUGUUACUGAUUGGAUACAGCCUGCCAUAGCAAAGACAGAGUUGGGGGGGUGGAUGAAAAUUAAAUACAGUCCACAGACACUGACUGGUAUUUCCUAGUAAGAAUGGAUGCAAACUCCAGGGCUGAGUAGGCCUCAGGCCGCCUCAGCCAGGACACUGAAUGGACUUUAAACGGGGAGAUUAUCAUCUCACACACUCGUGUCUGGGUAGGAUGCUGUUACACAAAUGAUUAUUUGAGGAGGAAGUGGACCCAGUCUGAUCCCCCCUCUCCGAAUGACAAGAGUAUCAACACUGAGGCUGCCGGCCUGCUCCCUCUCCUGGUGUCCCCCUUGAACUUUUUUUUUUCUUCCUGUUUGUUUUGUUUCCUCUCAAUAGCCCUUGAAGUAUGCCUUUAUUAAGACUGGAGGUAAACAGUGGGCCGUGUUUGCUCAGCACUGCACUUCGCGCCAGGCCCUUUUGUUGCAGCCAUCACCCUUCAAAUAUUUGUGGUGUGUCGCAGGGAAACAGACAAGGCUUUUUGGAUCAAGACGCUAAAUUAAGUGGAGAGGCUCUUCAGCAGUCACCCCACCCCCACCACCACCACCACCACCACCACCCCUCCCCCAUGCUACCCCAUUCCCCCAUUUUGCCCAUUUUUAACUCUCCUGUUCUCCCCCCUCUCUUCCACUCCCCUCUACAGACCCCUUUACUCUCCUCCUGGCAGUCAGAGGACUCCCCAGAACACAACCACUGUGCUGUUAUUUGGCCUGAUUUUUCAAACGUGGGAUUGCAAGUCCAUGUUGUGUAACUUUUGUUCAUGGUGAAAGAAUGGAAGUUGAUCUGUUCACUAGAAUUCCAUGCAGUGCGGUUUUCUUUUCUUUUUUUUCUUCUGACUGACCACAAUUUUUUUGAAGGAUUUUUUUGUUUUGUUUUGUUUUUGUUUAAUGUACUGUAUGUGUGUUUCUUGGAGAUAAAGAAAAACUUUUUGAAAGUGGAAGGUUUUUGCCAGUUCUCUCCCUGCUUCUGCUGUUUUGUUUUCUGUUCUCCUCUGUCUGUUUUUUUGUCUUCUAAUGACUCUGACCUAGAGCUCUUUUUCUAACCCCGACUGGACGACGUCUCCAUAGGGAAUAUGAAUUUAGUGUGAGGAGAGGAGGGGGCAAGCUAAAUUACAAAGUUCCAGUUCUGGCUAAUGUGUUUUCUUUCUGGAAAACAAAAUAUAUUGCCUGAACCUCAGCUAUAUGGACGGUUAGCCGGCGCUAUUACAUUUGCUGCCUGAGGAAGUGUGUAACUAGUGUGGAAUGUGGGCUGAUAUUAGACUCUGGAGCUGAGAAGCAGCCCUUUAAGUGGGCCUGCGAUGAAGAAAAGCCCUCCUGGGUUUUGGCAGAUGAAUUGGGACUGACUGGGUUGCU